AUGUAUAAAGGCAGUUGGAAGAGUAGGAGGAGAUGUGGGAGGAGAAGUCACCAGCAGAUCCCUUGGUUCAGACAGCAUGACUCCAAUGAGAGUGAUAACACGGGGACACUGCAAAGCCCACAGGAUUCUGGUCCCGGUGACGACGAGUCCCCGUCAACCUCUUCCAGUACAGCUGGCAGUUCUUCUGUGCCAGAUCUGCCAGGAUAUUACUUUGAUCCUGAAAAGAAGCGCUACUUUCGCUUGCUGCCUGGGCAUAACAACUGCAACCCGCUCACAAAGGAGAGCAUCCAGCAGAAGGAAAUGGAGAAGAAGAGACUGCAGCUAGUGGAAGAAGAGAAGCAGAAAAAGAAAAUAGCCAGAAUGGGAUUUAAUGCCUCAUCCUUGCUACGAAAAAGACAGCUGGGUUUUCUCAGCAACACCAGUUACUCCCGUCUAGCUCAUGAGCUGCGUGUGACCUGCAUGCAAAAGGGAAAGGUCCAUAUUCAGAGCUCAGAUCCGUCCGCUUUGGCAAGUGACCAGUUUAACCUCAUACUGGCGAAUACCAACAGGGAUCAGAUCUUCACAGUCAUCGACAUCAAAGCGGGUGGUUCCAAGUACAGCAUUAUCAACCUCAGCUCUCUGCGAAUCCCAUCACUCACUGUGAGAAUGCAUGAGAACUUAUACUUCACCAACCGGAAGGUGAAUUGUGUGUGCUGGGCCUCGCUGAAUCACUUGGAUUCCCAUAUUCUGCUGUGCCGCCGGGGGAUUGCGAAGACUCCAGGCUGCGCCACUCUGCUCCCAGCUGCCACUCUGCUCCCAGCCUCACUGUUUGCCCACAGUCAUCCAGCAGUAGACCAGCCUGACAUGCUCUGCAGCUUCCGGACCCCCAGUGCCUGGUCCUGUGCGUGGUCCCUGAAUGUCCAGGCCAAUAACUGCUUCAGCACAGGCCUCUCUCAGCAGGUCCUGCUGACCAACGUGGUGACGGGACACCGACAAUCCUUCAGGACCAACAGUGACGUCCUGGCACAGCAGUUUGCUGUCUUGGCUCCUUUGCUGUUUAAUGGCUGUCGUUCCGGGGAGAUCUUUGCCAUUGAUCUGCGUUCUCAAAGUCGGGGCAAGGGCUGGAAGACACUCAGCUUGUCCCAUGACUCAGCAGUGACCUCUCUGCAGAUCCUCCGAGAAGAACAGUGUCUGAUAGCAUCGGACAUGGCUGGAAAGAUCAAGCUGUGGGACCUGAGGACCAUGAAAUGUUUAAGGCAGUUUGAUGGUCACGUGAAUGAAUAUGCCUACCUGCCCCUGCACGUGCAUGAGGAAGAAGGAUUCGUGAUGGCAGUGGGCCAGGACUGCUACACGAGAAUCUGGAGCCUCCGUGACGCCCACCUGCUCAGAACCAUCCCCUCCCCUUACCCCGCCUCCAGGGAGGACAUCCCCAGUGUGGCCUUCUCUUCUCGGCUCGGGGGCGUCCUGGGAGGGCCAGGCCUGCUUAUGGCCGUCCGGCAGGACCUCUACUGUUUUUCCUACAAUUGA